AUGGCUGAAGACAUCAAGACUAAAAUCAAGGAUUACAGAGCCACCCCCUUUGACACCUUCCCAAACCAGAACCAGAUCAGGAACUGCUGGCAGCAGAACUACCUGGACUUCCACCACUUCGAGAAGGCAAUGACCACAAAGGGGCAUGGGGUGGGGGAAGGAUGCCUCCGUGUGUGUGUGUGUUGCCCAUGUGUGUACAAAGCCCUCUGACCAGUAUCAUGGGUCUCAGCCUGGGAUGACUGCCGAAGAGCACAAGGCACAUUUCUUGGGAAAAUCUGA